AUGGAUCAUUUAAAAGAUCUCGAUGACAAUUUAGAUGUGUUUAACAAGUUGUUGCAAGAUAUAAUUAACUGUGAUGAGGCUGUGUCCGAAACUUACAAGGUUAUAAUUUUGCUCAAUACAAUCCUUGAUUCCUAUAAAGAAGUUAAGAGUGCCAUUAAGUAUGGCAAAGAUACCUUGACUCCUGAAAUUGUCAUAGAUUUCUUUAGGAGUAAAGAGAUGGAAAUUAGGGCUGAAAAAUACGAUAAUAUGAGCAGUGAGUUACAUAUGAUUCGGGGUAGAACUCAAUUUAGGCAAAAUAGUCAUGAUGGAUAUCAAAAUGGUUGCGAGUCAAGUGGCAAUCAAUGGAAAAACAAAGGCAAGGGUAAGUUAAAGAUUAAGAAGAGAGAUGAGGUAAAUGUGUUAUCUUCUACAUCUGAGAUAGAUAAUGGUGAGGUCUAUAUUCUUCCAAAUCCAGUUGCAUACAUUGUUGAAUUGAAUCUAACUGCUAAUUCUCACAUGUAUGAGUGGAUACUUGAUUCUGGGAGACUUGAAAAGGAUGACUUCACUAGUAAAAUUGAAAAUGGUAUGCUAAAAAUGAUUAAGGGUACUUUAGUUUUCAUUAAGGGAACUAAGAAAAACGACAUUUAUAUCACCAUAGGAAAACUUACAUACGUAGACAUUAAGGGACUUAAGCUGCUUAAUGAAAAAUGUGCUUUUGGUAAUGACUGUGUGUCAAAUUUGUCAUUCUGUGAUCAUUGUGUACUUGGUAAGCAUCAUAAAAUAUCAUUCCCCUCGAGCAUUCAUAAAGCUAAAAGCAUGCUUGAAUAUGUGCAUUCUGAUCUAUGGGGUCCUGCCAGUAAUCCCACAUCGGGUGAAAAUAGGAAGAGACAAGUGAAAAAUCAAACUGGCAAGAAAAUCAAAUUUUUAAAGACAGAUAACGGCCUAGAGUUUUACAACAUGGAAUUUGAUAGUAUGUGUAAAAAAAAUAGCAUAACUAGACAUAAAACUGUUCCUUACACUCCCCAACAAAACGAGGUAGCUGAAAGGAUGAAUGAAACUAUACUUGAUAAAAGCGAGAGAAAGCUGGAACUUAGAGCUAGAAAGUGCAUUUUUCUAGGGUAUCUCGAGGGUGUUAUGGUAUACAGAUUAUGGGAUAGAAGUCAAAAAGGGGUUAAGAUCAUCGUGAUUAGGGAUGUCACUUUUAACGAAAAUGAGAUGUCGUGCAUUAAAGGAGAAAUAGAACCUGUGAGUGAAAUCAAACCAGGUAAGGAGAGAUAUCGGUUUAAGGUAGAGUUAGGAAAACUUAGUACACCUGUCCAUAUUACUCCUAAUGAGGUAGAGAUCCAGGUUCAGGAACAUGAAAUGGAGAACGAUAAUGAAGUAGUAAUCGAAAAAUACCCUAAGGAAGAAAAUCCCUUGGCUCAUUAUAUCUAG